CAAAAGUAAUAAUCUUAAGCCUUCUCCCGAUGUAUUUGGCCGAAACGAGAGCUCUGAAGGCGUUGGUUUAUGGCGAAGGAGACCCACAUCGCCCGGUUCCAAACCAUCAAGAACGCCUGCGAUCGCCUCCGUUGUUGCAGCCAAAACGAGAGCUCUGAAGACGUCCGUUCAUGGCGAAGGCGAAGGCGAACCACAUCACCCAGUUCCAAACCAUCAAGAACGCCUGCGAUCGCCUCCGUUGUUGCAGGUCUGGUGUUCGGCGUCGUCGGAGCAAGGAAAGAUGACAAAGAAGAAGAAGAAGUUGAGGGGGAGGCGGAAAUGGAUGGCGACGAAUCGACGCCGCCGCUGUUGCUUGCAACAUUGGGACCCCGAGCGCCAGCGCCCGGGGAUUGCUAUUGCUGUAAAAGCUGGACUAACUAAGACAGAUUUUGAUUCCACCGUCUGAAUUCACCCAACAUCUGCAGAGGAGCUUGUCACAAUGAGGAGCCCAACUCGGAAAAUCCGGAAGGAUCCAUCCCCAGCAAUGG